AUGAAGGCGCCAACGCAAAAUUGCGCUCAUUCACAAGUUGAAUUAAAAGUUAGUUGUAAAGAUUUAGUAGACUUGGAUAUUCUUUCAAAAAGCGAUCCCCAGAUUUUAUUAUCAAUAAAAGAUCCUAAAACACGGGAAUGGAAGCCACUAUGUAAAACUGAAGUCAUAGAGAAUGAUUUAAAUCCAGAAUUUGUAACUGGGUUUAUUGUUGAUUAUGCGUUUGAAGAAUUACAAGAACUUAGGCAAUUAGAAAAAUUUAUAUGUGUAGAUAUUGAUGAACCAAAAGAUACGGAUUGGAAACAUCAAGACCUUAUUGGCGAAUUUGAAUGUGAUUUAGGAUCAAUUGUUGCCAGUGAAGGGGGAAAGAUGGAUGGAAUUUUGACUUUGCCUGAUCAUCCUGGCAAAAAACGUGGUCUCAUAACUAUUUUAGCUGAAGAAGUUAGUAAAUCCAAAAGAAAUCUACAAUUACAGUUCCAAGCACGUAAGAUAGUUAACAAGGGUAGAUUUUUUAGAACAAAAGCAACUACAUUUUUGGUUAUUAGUAGAAAAAAUGAGAGUAAUAAUAUAUUCUCACCAGUUAAUAAAUCAGAAGUAGUUUCUUCUUCUAGCCCAUGCUGGCAAGAACUUUACAUAAGAGAAUCCACUUUAUGUAAUGGUGAUUAUGAUAGAGAAUUAAAAUUACAAGUCAAACAAUAUAAAAGGAAUGGAGAACAUGUACCUCUUGGAGAAUGUUCUGUUACACUUCGAGAGAUUAUGGAAAAUAAAAAGCCAUUUCCAUUGAAGCUUCAACCUGGCUCACAAAGGAAAGUUUCAAAAGAUGCAAACAUAACAAUUGUUAAAGCUUUGGUAAAAGAACCUCCGAGUUUUUUGGAUUAUAUUGCAGGUGGCACAGAAAUUCGUCUUAUGGUAGCAAUUGAUUUUACAGGAUCAAAUGGUGAUCCCAGAAAUCCAAAAAGUUUACAUUAUAGUGGUGGAGGAGAAAAUGAUUAUCAACGAGCAAUCAAAAGCGUUUAUGGAUUCGGCGCAAAAUUUAAUGGAAUAUUGUCUCAUGUUCAUCCUCUUAAUAAUAAUCAUCAAAAUCCAGAAGUUAAAGGUGUAGAAGGCAUAUUGUCAGUGUAUUCACAAACAAUAAAUACCGUUGAAUUAUAUGGACCAACCAAUUUUUCUCCAAUUAUAAACCUGACAGCUAAUAAAAUCGAAACAGAAUUGAAAGCAGGGAAUACAAGAUCCUAUUAUAUAUUAUUAAUAAUCACAGAUGGUGUAAUAACAGAUAUGGAUUUAACAGUUCGUGCUAUAGUUAAAGCAAGUUCGCUUCCACUUUCAAUUGUUAUUGUUGGUGUUGGUAAUGCAAAUUUCGCACAUAUGACUAGGCUUGAUGGUGAUGAUGAUAAUCCAUUAUCUGCGAAAUCUGAUAAUAAAUCAUUACCUAAAACAACGGGAAGAGACAUAGUACAAUUUAUAGCCAUGAGAGAUUAUCAAGCAGAAGCAGCUGGAUAUUCAUUACCAAAAGCAGUACUAGAAGAAAUACCAGAUCAAUUCAUGGACUACAUGAAUAAAAACAAGAUUCAUCCAAAAAAGAGAAACAUAGACAAAAUACGAGUUAAUCCAAGGUUUUUUAAAUCAUCUAAAGAACCACAACCGAUUUAUGCACAUGAUGCACAAGUUAAAUCCUAA